ACGCUUCAGUUGCCAGGCAGGGUCUUGUGUCUAGGGUCACAGGGUCCCCUCCCUGGCCGAGUCGCUUGCCUGGAAUGGAAGAGUAGAGGGUCCGGCCCGCCGUGACCUCACCGUGCGCUUUCGGCGUGGCCGGGGCGUCGCCCGGCCCCUGCGCCCCAUGAGUCAGGGGUUGAUGAUCCGGCGUCAGGCUGCAGGCCCCGGUCGCCCCACAGCCCUUGACUCACUGGCCACCUUGGCAUCGCUCGCGCGGUGACCUCUGACGAUGCCCGCGGCGUGGUCGGGACGCCCUGCCGGAGGACUCCGACCCGAGUCCCAGGUUGCAUUCCAGGCUGCCUGGCUCACUUCCCCACCCCUUCCCCCGAGCAUAUAUGCUGCCGACGCUGAGGCCCCGCACUCGCUGUACCUCUACAGGUGGCGAGAGCAGCUGCUCUGGAGGAAUGCCCAACAACCUUUAACCUCGGGCUCCUGAGAGCGGGAGGAAAUAGCAGCUGUCUCUUUAAGACAGUUGGCGCUUUCAAAGCACCGUAGGAAGACGCCAGACAAAAGUAUCGCGAGAGUUGUAGCCCCUCCGGCAGCCUCUCGCGAUGUUUGGCCCCUCCAAGGGUGGCCAUUUUGGAGUCCGGCCCCCGGCGGGCUGCCCCGGCCGCGUCUCCCAACCUGGUGUGGGCACCAAAGCUGGCCCCACCGGCGUCUGGGCUGCGGGCAGCCGGGCCGACACGAUGUGGCGGCUCCGCUGCAAGGCCAAGGAUGGCACCCAUGUUUUGCAGGGGCUGUCCAGCCGGACCCGGCUGCGGGAACUGCAGGGCCAAAUUGCAGCCAUCACCGGGAUCGCUCCCCGCGGCCAGCGAAUCCUCGUCGGAUUCCCGCCUGAGUGCCUGGAUCUCAGCAGCGGGGAGACCGUCCUGGGGGACCUGCCCAUCCAGUCAGGUGACAUGCUAAUCGUUGAAGAAGACCAAACCAGACCCCAGACUUCAUCUGCAUUUACAAAUCGUGGUGCUCCUAGUUCCGUCAGGGAACCUUUGCCUGUGCUUGCCAGAACCGUGGUCCCAGCAGACAACUCUUGUCUCUUUACCAGUGUGUACUAUGUCGUUGAAGGCGGAGUCUUGAAUCCAGCUUGUGCCCCAGAGAUGAGACGCCUCAUAGCACAGAUUGUAGCAAGUGAUCCAGACUUCUAUAGUGAGGCAAUACUGGGGAAAACGAAUCAAGAGUACUGUGACUGGAUCAAAAGGGAUGAUACUUGGGGGGGAGCAAUUGAGAUAUCGAUUUUGUCUAAGUUUUAUCAGUGUGAAAUUUGUGUGGUAGAUACGCAGACAGUGAGAAUUGAUCGUUUUGGGGAAGAUGCAGGAUAUUCCAAAAGGGUUCUGCUUAUCUAUGAUGGCAUCCACUAUGAUCCACUUCAGCGGAACUUUCCUGAUCCCGAUACCCCUCCACUGACCAUUUUCUCCUCUAAUGAUGAUAUUGUUCUUGUACAAGCACUGGAAUUAGCAGAUGAAGCUAGAAGAAAGAGACAGUUUACUGAUGUAAACCGCUUCACCCUGAGAUGCAUGGUGUGUCAGAAGGGAUUAACUGGACAAGCAGAAGCAAGGGAGCAUGCCAAGGAGACAGGCCACACCAACUUCGGAGAAGUGUGAUCUAUGCACGAUGAGGGUUGAAGCCUACUACCUCACAGAUCCAGAAGGCUCUGGGUUUCCCAAUAAGCUAUUCGUAACCCUAAAAUACAAGAGGACACAAUGCUUGAACCAUUCUUUUGACUUAAACCACUAAGACACUGAAAUUCCUUGUUAAGAUUAACAUUAGUGUGCAAGUUUACAGAUGUGUCUGCAGUGGCAAUGCGUGCCAUCUUUCUGCUGGGGUGACAGAAUACCUGGUCCUUGCCACCUACUGACACUAACAUGAAGAUUGGAUUUUAGUAUUAUAAACUAGCACCUAGCAGCUUUAACCUGUAGAAGAAAACAUUUUGGGUAAUGUGGAAGGCUGCAUGUGAAGCCACUGGACAUGUACCACGGUGUCUCCAGUGAUGAUUCCUUUUAAUAACUCUUGAGUGAGUCAGUAACAUCUAAAUAGAUCAGUUCAUUAAAAGAAGAUACCAGAAUUGUCGACACUGAUUUUCUAUUGUAAUUUGGUAGACCUUAUAAGUGUGUACUUAACCACUUCUAAGUGCACAGCCAGCAGUUUUUACAGGGAUGUGUUUAUUCCUGAGCAUGUUACCUAAAACGGCCCGAUAGGUGCUGUUUAAGACGAGUGUACACAAGUAGAAUGUACAAGGAAAAGGUGCCUGAAGCAGCUCACUGCAGCUUUAAAAGACCCCUGGCCUCAUGUUUUAAUGCUGUUCAUGUAUUGGUCUUUGUCACAUUUGGAUACAAUUUUUAAAUUAAGCAGGGUAUGCUUUUUUUAAUUGACGUUCCUUGACAUUUGAGCACUCAGUUUUUGCUUUUUUACAUACAGGUUUUUCUGGAGGGAUUUAAUGUCCCCAGCUUUUUGUUAAGAGUACUCCCUUCAAAAACCGUCUUCGUGUAAAGUGAUAAAGCUAUGCUUUGGUUUUUGUAAGCACUGUUGCAUAUCUAAAUGGUAUUUGUCUUUCUGCUGGCUGCAUCCUGCUACUAAUGCUCUUUUCAACAUUCCACAUUUCUGCAAGUUAGCACUUUGCUUACCUUCGAUCUUUGACUUUUCAACAGUAUUAAAGUAACUGAUGUCAUUUAUUUCACUUCCAAAAUAUGAAAGUUUUUAAAUCCUUGCCUUAUUCAGCUUUCCCAGAAUUCCGCUUCUUCCUAAUGUCAGAGUGUAGCCAUCUGCUUAGUGUACUGAUCCUCAAGAUACCCUCUAAAACUUAGCUUCACUACAAGAUCUUCCAGAUAAAGUUUUCUACCUCUUACUUCUUCUGAAGAUCAGGGAUGCUAAAUUAUAAUUUGUUAUGUAUUAUCUCACAAUGUGAAGAAGCUUAAUUUUGUGAAGUUUUGUUAUCUUGGUCUCAUUUCUGAUUAAGUAUCUCACUUAGAAAACCAAUGGUAUACUUUAAAGCACUUAUAGCUCUAUGUAUCUUCUUGGCACAUGUUUUAAAAUUGAGAUUGUUCUCUUGUUGAAGGCUGUAAAACUAAGGAGUUUUAAAGUGAACAAUGUAGGAGAAAAGUUCCUUUCAGGAAAAACUUACAAAGUAUGCUUCAAAUCAUCGAGUGACAUUUUUUAAGUACCUUUUAUGUACCUACCUGUUUUAGGCAUUAUAAGUUAUGGUCAGUAUAAGUUGAAAGUAUUUUUCUUUUUUACUGAGCCUUAAAAAUAGCACUUGUAAGCUUACAAUACUUAAUGUUUGGCAAUCAUGAUAGGUACUAGUGAGUAUGAUAGGAAAAUCUCUUUGUACUGUCUGUCAUCUGAUUCUAGAUAGUUUUUGUAUCUUAUUUCCCCAGAAAAUAGAAAAUUUAAAACUAUAAAUUAAGAAAAGUACUACUGGGUCCCAGCACUCAGCAGGCUGAGACAGGAGAAUUGCCGUGAGGUUGAGGGUGGCCUGAGCUACCUAGUGAGACCCUGACUCAAAAAAAAGAGUGCCACUGGGUGACAUCAAAUUGAGCUUUAUGCAUCAUGGUUCCUAAAGCUUGUCUUCCUUUCUUUGUCACGUCAGGAGCCAAAUUUGACAUUUACUUGAUCUUUAUAUCUAGAAGUUUAUUCACACAGCAAGUAUUUAUUGAGUAACUUGUAAUGUGCCAGGCAUUUUUUUGUUGUUUCCACAAUGUAAAUUCCUGUCACUUUAAAAUUGAGUAUAUAGUAUCUACAAUGGAUUAAUUUAACAAAUGGAAAGAAGUAGAACACUGAUACUUUUCAAAAUUGACCCCCUUCGUAUUAAAUGUUUUGCUUACAUAUUGUUAAAUAUUCAGGGGAUCUUACUGUAUCGUUCCUAGGCAUUCAGGUGGACAGUGAUAGUCAUAUUACUUUCAAAAAUGACUUUUUAAAUUAAUCAUUUGCUGAAAUUCAGCACUGAUGGAAAAUUCAAGAUGAAGCAUCAGUUGCAGAUCACUGAAUUAUUAAAGACUAAUAAACUCAUCUUAUGUUCAUUGUAGACUAAAGCUUGUAAGUCUCACAGAUUUAAAGGUGUUAUUUUUAUGACCUUAUUAAACUCUUGAAAUUAAUUAUUAA